GCAUCGAUAGGGCUGGAUGUAUGAUUAGCUUAAUAUUGGUAAAACAGUUAUCGUUCGGAAGUCGGUAAAGUUAAACGUACCUAGGUUGAUCGGUCCGCGAAACGUUGAGAUUGCAAAAUUUCAUUGAGUGACAAUUAUUACAUCAAGGAAUUGGGGGUAGAGUGAGUUACAAGUUGAAAAAAUCUUAUUUUUUAUUACGACGAUUUAUUCAAGUAAAAUAAGAAUAAAAAAUGUGAACGUGGUUUUUGGAAUCAAUAAACGUGUAUGUACAUACAAAAUAACUGAAAUUGAGUUGAGUAAUCAGUGAAUCAGUGACUAUAAUCCUAAACAACACUAAAAGCUAGAAACAGUUUCCAUCCCCCGUUGCAACAUGAAGUUGGAGGAUUUGAAUUUUAAGAAGAUUACAAUCAUUUGUGCUUGUACGCUGGUUGGUGGGCUAACAUUCAGUUUUGGUAUAUUUCCAUCGUUGUUGAAGUUUAUGUUGAAACAGAAUGUACUCUUGAAACCAGGCACCCAGAUGCGCGGAAUGUUCGAAAAGAUACCGUUCCCGCUCGAUUUCAAAAUUCACAUCUUCAACGUGACCAACCCGGACGAAAUAAUGCGUGGCGGUAAGCCGCGCGUCAAGGAUAUCGGGCCGUUCUAUUUCGAGGAGUGGAAGGAGAAGUACGACACGGAAGAUAACGUAGAAGAGGACACGUUGACCUUCACGCUGAAGAAUACCUUCAUAUUCCGGCCAGAUCUAUCAGCGUACACAGGUGAAGAGAUGAUAACGGUGCCGAAUCUAUUGCUACUGGGCGCACUGCUAACAGUGCAACGAGAUCGCGAAGCCAUGAUGCCGUUGGUAUCGAAGGGGGCCAGUAUCGUGUUCGCACCGAUCAACGGCUUCCAGACUCUACGGGCGAUGGAUUUUCUGUUCGAUGGUUUUCCGGUCGAUUGUGGUAGUCAGGACUUCGCGUCCAAGGCGCUUUGCUCCGGACUGGAGUCCGAGGGAUUGAUGGCUCCGCUGAAUGAAACGCAUUUCAAGUUUUCGAUGUUUGGAAUGAGAAACGGAACGGAUGCAGGUCGGUGGGUUGUCUAUCGGGGAGUGAAGAACGUUAGAGACCUGGGAAGAGUCGUGAGUUACAACGAUGAAAUCGAAAUGGAGAUAUACGAUGGUGACUCUUGCAAUCAGUACAUUGGGACUGAUUCGACCAUUUUCCCUCCUUUUUUGACGAAGAAUGACAAACUGUGGGCUUGGUCGCCCGAUAUUUGCCGAUCAAUGGGGGCGCACUAUAUCGGUAAAGCUAAAUACGACGGGAUGCCGAUGAGUUUGUUCAAGUUGGAUUUUGGGGACUUGAAGAACGAACCGGAAAAUCACUGCUUCUGUCGGGAUCCACCGGAUGACUGCCCUCCGAAGGGAACUAUGGAUUUGGGCCCCUGCCUGGGGGCUCCAAUCUACGGUUCCAAGCCACAUUUUAUCGAUGGAGAUCCGAAGCUGUUGCAGGAUGUUGAAGGACUAGAACCGAAUGACGAAGAACACAACAUUUACAUUCACUUCGAACUGAUGUCGGGAACUCCUGUGGUGGGAAGGAAACGUCUGCAGUUCAAUCUACAAUUGGAACCUGUGAGAGAUCACGAAAUUCUCGGUCAACUACCAACGUUGCUGUUACCCAUGUUCUGGGUAGAGGAAGGCGUAGCAUUGAAUAAAACUUGGACCAAUCAGUUGAAGUAUCAACUGUUUCUUGGCCUAAAAUUCAACGCAGCUGUUAAAUGGAUCACAAUCAUAAUUGGAACGAUCGGAUCGAUUGGUGGUGGUUUCAUGUAUUAUAAGGGAUCAACGUCGAAAACGAUGAACGUUACUCCGGUGACGGUCGAAAGUAGCAAAGGAGAUGUCCCCCGGGCGGAAAAUGGAGGCAGCGCUGGUUCCAAACCGGUAAAGGAUUUGGUCAGCUUGAACAACAGUCGCAACUUGCCACCCGUUAUCGAUGGGUUGAAUAAGCCGCCGAAGGUGAUAGCUACCGAGAUGCAGCAGGAGAGGUACUGAGUUCGUUUGUUAUGGCAGUUUGCAGGCUAAAUUAUGAACCUUAUCAUUGUGAUGUUUAAGGCACAUUCAGUACUUGAAAUCUAAAGCAUUCGUAAUCUGAAUAAACGUUUCAAAAGCAGACUAUCACAUUUUUGAAGUUUUCUGAAUUACAAAUAAUAAUAAUAAAAUUAGAUUUUUUCUCUUUCGAAAAA